CUUAGGUCGGAAGAUUCAAGAAGUGUCAGUUUGCUAUGGUCUUGUGAAUGAAAUUGGGCAUUAAACGUCUGUGUUACACACCGCGGUUUUGGAACUUUACGCCGCGUAGACCUCAAUUUCGGUACAUUUUUAUUGUUCUCAAUGGAUUCAAGAGAUGAGGUUGUUUUAGCGCUAACAGAUGACAUGGAUACUGGAUCCCCUUCAGGUGGACCGCAUAGUCCGUCGACUAAACGUGUAGCUUUAAUUGGUCAUUUUGCCUUUCGUUCAUCUGCUUUGAUCAUUUAUAUACUAUGCGCUUGGUUCACAUCAUCAUUCAUUCUUCCAUUUAUCUUCAUACUGGUUUGCUUAUCACUUGACUUUUGGAUAGUUAAAAACAUCUCUGGACGCAUUCUAGUUGGCCUACGUUGGUCAAGCUAUACGGAUGACGAAGGACAAGUGCACUGGAGAUAUGAUGCACGUAAACCCUCACCUAUUGACUCAGUCGAUGUUUCUGGACUUAGUCGCCGAGAGUUAGCAGCACGUAUCGCUAGACAACAGUUAUCUCGUUUAUUUUGGCUGGGAUUGAUUGGAAGUCCAGUGCUUUGGUUUGUAUUUCUCCUAGCAGCAGUAUUUUCGUUAAAUCUUCGUUGGGCUUUAGUCUGUGCGAUUGCCUUGUGCAUGAAUUUAGCCAAUGUCUACGGUUACCUUCGUUGUUGGAUGUCUAAUCUAGAUGGAAGUGCUUCAAGCAUUCUAACAGUAAUAAAAUCGACUGCAACAAAUAAAGUGUUUGCCAAUUUAUGGCCAACAUCUAAAACAGGUGCAAUGAAUGCAUCUGGUGUCGGCGACACGUCUUCAGUCGGUAGUGGUGGUGGUCUACCACUUAUUGCCUAAUAGAAAUCUGUAUUGUGUAAAUCUCUCUGUACAACACUUAUCCAUUGUAUUAUUGUUUUCAUACUUGGAUUCAACUGUGAUAAUAACAGUGUACUGUACUGUACUCUAUCUCGAUUGUUUAUUAGAUACUUCUGAUUUUAUCACUUUUCCUUUCUUCUAAGCAAAACAGAAACUGUUUGUUUAUUACGAAUAAAAAUAACACAGUUGAUUUUCAAGUAUGAAUAAGCAGAUUUGACAUGUUUUUUACUUGUUACGAGGUGUGGAAAAUCACAGACAUUUCAUCAGGUUGUUGUUAUUGUUUUUAAGACUGUAAUGAAUACAAAUGGUUUUGUUCCUUCUGCAUAUGUGCAUGUCUAGGUAUUUGAUGAUAAGUAAGGUUUAAUUACAGUUUGAUAGUGUAUAUUAUCGGAAUAGAGGAUUUCAUUUGCUUUUUAUUACUUUAUUUUUCGUCAUAAUGUGCUCUUCUUUCAACAUGUUUAUUUUGCAAGUAUAUUGUGAGUGGUAUGAGAAAAAAUGAAUUCAGAUGUUUUCUUUUUUUUCCUUGCUCGUGUAUCUUUCAUACAUGUUAUGCGUUUGCAUUUUGAA